AUGUCUGCAGUCGCCGGUCCCCAUACCGUCAUGGAACCUUCCUACUUUGGCCCAUCCUGGGUCAUGCCUGCAACCGAGUACGACCACCACCUUGGCUACGCGCCAGACAUGGCGAUGGAGGAGCAGUUUGUCAAGGCCGAGCCCAACCACGUUGCUCGCCCUGUCCACUCUGCGUUCCAGGCAUUAUCGAUCAAUUCCACGACUGCAGCACCCGCACCUGCGCCGCAACGACCGCUAUCCCCACCUCCGUCCUCGAAGAAGAUUGACAUGCGACUGGCUGAGCCCGGGAGUGACGAGUCCAAGCCCGGUUACCUUACGCCCAUGGCGCAGUACACAUCCACAACGUUUUGGUACUUCUGGCACGCGGACAUGUUCUCAUCUUCGCUGGCUCACAGCCCGCUGAUGAACCGUCGCCAGAGCAAGGAUAUUCGCAAGUCCAAGUCUCGUCCAUUCGACAACGAAGGGCGAGCGAUUCACCCAGUCCCGAUCAACCCCAACCUUCCCUUCUGUCAGUUCGUCUUCUCCGUCCUCCACAGCACCCAGGUGUCCUUCUCGGUCACCAUUCUCGCCCUCAUCUACACCCACAAGUACAAGAAGUGUCUCGCACUAGGACGGCGACCACCGUUCCAUCGCGAGGUGUCCGAGGCGCAGGGGUUCAUCACGGGCUUGAUGCUUGCCAACAAGUAUCUCGACGACAACACGUACACCAACACCACUUGGGCACAGUUCCUCGGCAUCCCGGUCAAGGACGUCAACGACUAUGAGCUCGAGUGGCUGGACGCAUUGCACUUCAACCUGCGUGUCGGGAUACGCGAGUUUGACAGUUGGCGCUCGAUGCUCGACACGCAUAUUCGCUAUCAGCGCGCCGGCGCCCUCUCUGGAUACGUCUUCCCCGCGGCGGGCGGCCGCGCCCAGUCGGCGUCGCCUCCGCUGGUUCUGCAGCAUGGCGCAGCCGCCAACCAGACUCCACUCAAACGGACGGCCAAGGAUGCGUUCUCUGCUGACGUGCUCCACAACACCUCGAUGUACGAGGCUGCGCGCGUUAGUGCACGCAAGGCCUCCAUGUCCGGGCAGCAGUUCCCCGUCACAUCCUUACCAACACCUGUCCCAUCACUUCCUUCGGUAUCACCCACCGAUCCGACGUACCCUACUCUGGCUCGCUCGUCCUCGCUCAGCCGACAGAUCGCUCGUCUUCCCGCCCCAGGAUCGCAACGCAGCUCGGCUGGCCAGGAGCAGAUGGCGCCAGAAAUUGCCGACCUGCGCCAGGCUGCGCUCGCUAACAACACCUGGGGAGCGCACCAGCAGGUGGCUGAACCGAUCGAUUUUGGGCAGGAUGAGCGGUGGCGCUUGGCGCCUUCGCAGCCGCGCCUGUACUUCUUACAGGCGGCAGCAACACCACAGUUCGGUCCCGAUCCCCGCUACCACAAGGCGAUACCCCACUACCUCGAAGCCGGUCACGAGUCUGGCUUCGAGUUCAACCCAUACGCCAUGGCGUCUGUCAUGGCAGCCGCUUCUGUUGGGGCGGACUCGAUGGACCUCGACCCGAGCCAGGUCGACCUGGCUUCGCCCAUGGACCCACUCUACUCUGCGCAGCAGCAGCAGAGUGCGAUGCAGGCUGCGCAACAGCAGGGGUACCGCGGUAUGAGCAUGCCAAUCGCUCCGGUCCCGACCCACUUUGUGAACCCCCAGCCGGGCCAGUUUGCCAACGCCGGGCCUCCCGGCUACGCGUACGGGUCGUUCGCCUGGCCUGCGCCCCCGUCCGUCAGCUGGCGCCACCAGCACUGGCGUCCAGGGCACGCGCAGCGCUGGUCCUCUGGGUCAGACGACGCAUACCUGGCGAUGCAACCUCCCCCCAUGUGCCACACGGCUGCCGCGUCGCAAUGGUCGACUCCGGCAGUGCACCCGGCAGUGUAUCCUGCCUACCGGACCCAGUUUUGA